UGACGGGCUGCUGUCUGACGGUCAAGGCUUUUAUUUUGACGGGCUGCUGUCUGACGGUCAAGGCUUUUAUUUUGACGGGUUGUUUGCGGAUAUCGGGCCCGUGAGCGCUGGGCAGCUUCUGUCCGUCGCGAAUCUUCGCAAAUAAAUCCGAGAUCGAUAUUUAAGCAGUAAUGAUCCGUGUCAGUGCACUUUAAACGCAUCUGCAGUGUCACGGAGUGUCCGGUGGGGUCAUGGCGUCAGGUUCGGAGGCCGUCCACUACAUCCAUCUUCAUAACUCCAGUCAGUCGGUGCUGGAGGCUCUGAGGUCUCAGCGGCGUAAAGGUCUGUUCUGUGACGUGACGGUGCGCAUCCACGACGCGUCUCUGCGGGCUCACGCCUGUGUGCUGGCGGCCGGCAGCCCCUUCUUCCAGGACAAGCUGCUGCUGGGUCACUCGGAGAUCUCGGUGCCGCCGCUGGUUCCCGCCGAGACGGUCAAGCAGCUGGUGGACUUCAUGUACAGCGGCUCGCUGGUGGUGCUCCACUCGCAGGCGCUCUGCAUCCUCACCGCCGCCUCCAUCCUCAGAUCAAGAACCGUCAUCGACGAGUGCACGCAGAUCAUCUCUCAGAGACGCGCCGCUGUGGCGGGAGCCGUGGGGCCUCUGGGGAGCGCGCUGCCCAAACAGGAGGGCGGCGACGGGAAAGAUCAGGAGAACGCGGCGCUGCAGGGCUUCGCUUACAGCAUGGGCGGGGACUGCGGCUCAGACAUGGCCGCGCUGGGGGGCGGAGCUCAGGGGGAGGGCGGCGGUCUGGAGGGGGGUGGAGUCGGCUCACUGAUGCCCCUCGGCGAGGUUGGAGGCGGGGCCAUGUGUAGAGGGGAGGGUCUGGGUGUGGCAGGGGGUGGGGCCACCAGCUGCUCGCAGGAGAUCAACUACAUGCUGAACCCAGAGCGCGGUGCUAAUGUGGGCGCGCAGAACAUCGCCGCCAACGAGCGCGGUCACAUGGGAUCUCCGAGCGGCAUGGGCCUGGAGCUGGUGGAGCGAUUCAGCGAAGACGACGAGAGAGACGCUCAUGACGCGGACAGAGACAGACAGACGGCGCACACGCGCAAACAGAGACAGCCGCUGAGACUGCAGGUGCUGGGCGGAGAGGAGGUGGUGGUGAAGAACGAGGGCGUGCAGGACGGGGACGGUCUGUUUGAGAUGGACGAGAGAGGAAACGCACCGCAUCAGCCCACCUACGCACAGGGCGGGUUCUACGAGGACUCUGCCAUGUUCUCAAGCGGUUUCUGGUCUCAGGCGGAUCCGCAGGCGUCUCUGGGCUCAAACCCUCGCGGCCGGGGAAACAAACCCCUCUCUCCUCCACCGCCGCCCUCCCAGAACCUCAGCAGCCAGAUGCUUUUCCAGUUUCCUGCCAGCGAAUCACAGCAGCCGUCCUUCUUUGUGGGCGGACCCAUGGUGAUCGACAACCUGGCUGAGUCGUGCCAGCAGGCUCCGCCCCCCGCCCCCCUGACCCCGGCUCCGCCCCCCUCCACCCCAGCAUGCCUCGCGGGGCCGAGCUUUGCGCCGCAGGGCUCUGAGACGUCCUUCGACUGCAGCCACUGCGGAAAGUCACUGCGCUCCCGCAAGAACUACAGCAAGCACAUGUUCAUCCACUCCGGUCAGAAGCCGCAUCAGUGCAGCAUCUGCUGGCGCUCGUUCUCUCUGCGUGACUAUCUGCUGAAGCACAUGGUGGUGCACACAGGUGUGCGUGCGUUCCAGUGCUCCGUCUGCAGCAAGCGCUUCACGCAGAAGAGCUCUCUGAACGUUCACAUGCGCACACACCGCGUGGAGCGCACCUUCACCUGCGGAGUCUGCCACCGCGCCUUCACCCACCGCACGCUGCUCGAGAGACACGCCCUGCAGCACCACACGCCCACCAAACCACCCACCAAUCACCUGCAGCAGGGCGGGGCCAGCGGACCAGGCUCCGCCUCCUAGAGACAGGCACGACUGAAGAGAGGAGAAACAAUCAGAUUGAAUCCCAGGAGCUUUAACACACACAAACAAAGAAAAUUUGUACGUGCACACACACACACACACACUCUCUCUCUCUCUCUCUCAGACACACACACUCUCACUCUCUCUCUCUCUCUCUGACACUCUCGCUCUCGCCUCUUCAACCCAGAAGACCUCAUGAACACACAAACCUCAUCGAGCGACUCACACUAAAGACGAACGUGGUCCUGCGUGUGACGCCGGGGACUUUAACGUCUUUUUCAAUGUUUUAGUGUUUGCUCUGUUUUGUACAUGUUAUUAUGGACUCAUCAGAAACCACAGUGACCUCAGGACCAGAAGACACUUCAGAGCGCAUUUAUUACCUCCAUUUUUAUUUCAACAUUAACCUCCAUUUUUUAAUUUUUUAUCAAGUAUAUGCAUAAAUCUUAAUGAUAUUUUUAUGGUGAAACGAUAUGUAAGAGUUUUAUGUCUGGCUUAAAUGCUGUGCGUGUGCGGGAGUAUCUAUAUUCUGCUCUGCUUCGGUUUUGGUAUCUAGCAUGUGCUCGCUUUACACUGCAUGAAGCUGCAUUAAAUGCAUUGUGACAUUU